UGAAUGUUCGUGAGUUUCUGCGAUGAUCCAAAAGCACCUCGAGAUGCCCUUCAGCCAAUAUAUGAGCGUGUCUGCGGUGCAAAUAUAUACAGUCAUAUAUACAGUAAAUACAGUUUAAAUGAUAUCUGUGCAUAUGCGCUGUAUGUUGCAAGAUUCUUUGCCGUACCUGGGCAUUUGGGCAGUUUAUGGAUAUUCUUGGAACUGGAAUGCCACAAUAUUGUGACGCAGAGACGCAGUCUUCACGUUCCUCGCGCGUGCAUGGAGGGACUAUAAGUGGGAGCUAUUGCUAGAAUCGAUGUGGUCGGGGGCUGCAGGCACUGUGGAGUAUAUCUGUGGGGGAAAAAAUCACUUCUCCUUCCCUCUUCUUUUUCGUUUUUGUCGUUUUCUUUUGUGGAAUACACAUUCACACGUUUUAACUGUGAAAAAUGCUUCUCCUGCUAUUUGGAAUAGUGGUUUUGCACCUGGCUGCCCUCACCGUCCUCUUCGUCUCCACUGUUUUCAGCGCCUGGACAGUGGGAGAAAGCAGUAGCUCUGACCUUUGGACUAACUGCUCCUCAUUCAAUGAAGGCUAUCACUGUGUGUCUACUUACUCAGGAGAGUGGAUGCUGGCCGUGCAGAGCCUCAUGGUCCUGUCUGUUUCUUUCUGUGGCAUCGCCUUCUUCGUCUUCUUCUGCCAGAUCUUCACCCUCAAGAAAGGUGGACGCUUCAUCCUCACCGGGAUCAUCCAUAUCAUUGCCAGCUUGCUGGUGCUGAGUGCAGCAAUCAUCUACACUCUGAUGAGUCCAGAAUGGGUACCGGAGGGUAAUUUCUUUGGAUUUGCAUACUUCCUGGCUUGGGUGGCUUUCCCCUUGGCCUUGUUCAGUGGCUUAUUGUACCUCGUGCUGAGGAAGAAAGAAUGAUUACCGACAGUGACUGCAUGGGGUCCUGUUCCAGCUUUGAGAUAUCGGGUGGACCACAAGAGUCUCUGGAGGGCUGGGGAGUGUUUUAAGAAAUUAGCUUGCUUCUUUUCUAUUUACAGUAAUAAAUAAGCCUGUGAUUGGCUGGCAUGUGACCAGCCUUGAUGUAGACCAAGCUCAUGAUUGGGUGGGCCAGGCCGAUCCUGACCCCCCCCCGUGAAGCCUGGCCUGAAAUGUACAUUGGAGUGACUAGGAAUAACUCGAGGUCAUCAGCAGAGAGGAAGACCCUCAAGAGGAUACUGUCAUCAUUAGAGGCUGUAUGUAGUACAGCAUGAGAGAAUCCUAUUUAUGUCUGUCAUACCUGUACAUAGCAUUGCUGUGACACUUUGUCAGAUAAUGUUAAAAAUGUUUAGUUAGAUGGUACAUUAGUUAAAAGUUGCUUUGAAAUUAUUUUAUUGUGAAAAAUCUACAUUUUAAUUUAUUUGUCUCGUUUUUAAACUGCCUGAAACACUUGUCAAACCAAAGAGCGAGUAUAAGCAACAGUCUGCGACAGAAAUGUUCAAAUCUGUUUAUUGAAAAAUAAGCAGUAGCCCAAAUGCCAAAAACAAGCAUUUUGGUUUAGGCUGCCAAUGUAUUUUUAUUGGCUAUGACCAGUCAAAAAAUGUAUGUAUGUUAAAUAUUGUGUUUUUCUUUUUUUUCCAAAAAUUAAAAGGUGCUAAAUAUUUGGUAAUUAUACCUUUACAGUUUCUUACAAUAUGGAGGCAAUUUAUGUGCAUUGCAGUAUUUAAGGGAAUACCCCUAAAAUGCGGGAUUUUUUCAGCGUAGUUACUGUGCAUGUGUGGGGAACGUGUGGAUUCCGAAAUACUUUAUGAGGGGAAAAAAAACCAACGACAGGUUUAUUUGACAGUUUCCUGAGAACUUUGUAUGUUUCACCAAACAUAAAUUGGCAGCUUAUUCUAAAGAAUAAAUGUAAUUAUUUU